UAAACCCACUAAAGAAAGAAAGAAAGAAAGAAAGAGCUCGCGUGUGAUGUGUUUGUGUAUCCUCAGUGUUUUUCUCUCUUGAGUGUAAACAAAGUCUUGUCUCUGUGUAUUUUAGUGUUGAUGAUGGAUGUGAUGUGCUGUAAAUCAGUAGGAACUGAUCUGUCCAUGCUGGAUAUUGAUGAUUUCAUCACAGAAAUCUCUCAGCUGAAGAAAGAGGUGGCGUUACUGGAGACAAAGCUGAGGUUAAGAGGAGAUGAAGGACUGAAGAGAGAGGAUGUGGAUGUGGUUUGUUGUGAAUCUUCCACACAGGACUCCGAGCUCAGUCUGACUUUACUCUGUUAUACUGAGUCAAAGCCCACAGACGCUCAGGACACUACAGUGUGUGACAGUAAUCAGGGCUUACAGGAUGAGGAAUCUACUGAUCAAACCUCCACAGAGUCUCUGGAUUCUGUCUGGAACGCUGGAGAACAGCAGCAGAUCCUGCAGACCAAACUCAACAUGUGUUCAGUCAAACUCAUCGACUGCAAGAACCUCGUGAUGGAGACAAGAAGAGAAACCACAGCAGAGGAAGAUCACAUUGAGGAAGAUGAAGACAAUCAUCAUGAUGAUGAUGAUGAUGAUGAUUUUAUUCCUUCAGAUGAGAAAAGUGAUUCAUGUUCGGAUGGAGAGGCAUCCUCAACAUCAAAAAAGCAGCAGACAGCACAAACGCUUUCCUGCAUCACUGGUGGAAAGACGUUAAGCUCACAGAAACAUUUAGAGAAACUCUUCACCUGCACCAAAUGUAAGAUCAGCUUUACAACCAUAGAAGAGCGGAAACGUCAUUAUUCAAAAGUACACGUUGUAAAGAAGCAGUUUCACUGCGAGCAGUGUGGAAAGGUUUUUUUUACAACAACUGGUUCUAUAAACCUCCAUAUGAGGACACACAGUGGUGAAAAGCGUUUCCACUGCACCGUAUGUGACAAAUAUUUAAGCACCAAAAAAAAUCUUGAGGUUCAUAAGAGAAUUCACACAGGAGAAAAACCAUACAAGUGUUCUCACUGUGAGAAGAGAUUUACAGUCUUAUCAGGUUGGAAGAGGCACUUGCUUGUGCACAGUAAUGAGAAACGGUUUCAGUGCAGUGAAUGUGGAAUAACUUUCAAGCAACUAUUUGGUCUCAUAUCACACCAGAGAAUACACAGUGAAGAGAAACUCUAUCAAUGUUCAUACUGUGAUAAACCUUUCCGGCAGAAAGCUCAUCUGAUACGCCACGAGAGAGUUCACACUGGAGAGAAACCUUUUGUCUGCUCUCAUUGUGGAAAGGGCUUCUCUGAUCCAUCUCAUUUCAGAGUUCAUAAGAGAGUUCACACUGGAGAGAAACCUCAUCACUGUAAUGUCUGUGGGAAGAGUUUUAGGCAACUGGCUACCUUUCUAAAGCACCAGACAAUUCAUACAGGUGAAAGACUUUACAAAUGCUCUCAGUGUGAGAAGUCAUUUGCUCGAUCAGAUGUCCUAAAGACCCAUCAGAGAGUUCACACUGGAGAGAAACCUUACGUCUGCUCGAUCUGUGGAGAGAGAUUCGCUUAUUUAGGAAGUUUUCAGAGUCACCAGAAAAAACAUGCUGAAGAACAAACUACACCGAAAUCAUCAUAGCACCUUAAUGUGUGAAAGUCUGUCAAAUCCUGAGCGUUUUGUGCCAGUAGAGGCAUUUGUGUUUUUUUGCUGAUAUCUUCUUUUACUUCUUUGUUACUCAAGCGGUAGAGCAUUGCGUUAGCAGGGCAAAGGUUUUGAGUUUGGUUUCCCUGUGAACACACAUACUGGUGUUGACCUUGAACGCAAUAUAAUUCACCUUGGAUAAAAGCAUCUGCCAGUGCAUGAAUGAAAUAAAGAUGAAAUAUUUCAAUCAACUAGUCUAUUCGAUGACAAAAGGCUUACACAGUAAUUCCGAUUAUAAUAAAAAAUAUUUUGUUUCAUUAAUUGUGUAUGUUCACGAAUAUGGUUUUGCAAUUUCUAGGCAAAGGGUGACUGCACUUUAGAUGCUAAAAUAUAACAGUUUUGAUUUAUAUCAGAUGCUUUUACUUACCAACAUCCCCACAGUAACAUUUGUGUUAUACCUAGUUUGUAUGAUUUAUUUUUAAAUCAUUCUGGUGACUACAAGGAGCGGAGCACCCCACAGUUUACAAAACGCACAGGGUUUAAUACAUCCUUGUUUUUCAAACACCUUUCUUACAAUUGAUUUGAAACAGAUAGCCUAUAGAGCCAGUCACAAUAACCCAAAAUUUAUAAACUCAUACUAAGGUCAACAUAUCAAGGAAGCACAACCAUCGAUGCACGGUACCAUUGAAAAACCAGUAAAACCUUUCAAAACCUCUGCAAGACGGCAACAGUUAAAGGUGUCAUAUUAUGAGAUAUUUUUAAGAUGUAAAAUAAAUCUUUGGUGUUCCCAGAGUGCGUAUGUGAAGUUUUAGCUCAAAAUACCCCACUGAUAAUUUAUUAAAAUCGCAAGGCCUGAGCAAAAGUGUGCCGUUUUGGGGUGUGUCCUUUAAAAUGCAAAUGAGCCGAUGAAAUGCAAACACUGACCACAAUGAUGGUGGUUUGUUGUAAUUCAAACUCAAUUGUGCUGUCAAGUCCUUCUUUUCUCCCUCUUUCUCUCUGCACUAAAUGGCAGUGCCGUGGUUGGAUAGUGCAGAUAAAGGGGGCCGUAUUAAUGUAAUUCACAAAACAUUUUUCACAUGCUUGCAGAAGUUACUGAGUUGAUCUUUAUCACAUUUUCUAGGUUGAUAGAAGCAAUGGGGACCGUAUUAUAGCACUUAAACAUGAAAAAAGUCUAAUUUUCACGCUAUGACCCCUUUAAUAAUUAUUGCUUAAAAUCAAAUAAUAAACUUAAGGCGAUACUAUUGGGAUUAAUCUGCUUUAUUUGUAUAUAUUCUUUCUAUAUUAUUGCAAGAAAUGUUUUUUCAGAAACAAAGUAGGCUACAGUACAGAAUAUAUACAGUACGGACUAAUUAAACCACGUUUCCAUGUCCUCCCAUGUUUGCUCAAUAGUUGUUUUAAUUUAAAAAAAGCAAAUAAUUUUACUAAACCCUCUAGUGCGCAAUAAGUGAGGUAAUAACACCUUUAUAUUCAUUUAGCAUAACAAAACUGGACAAAUGUUGUGGGUUAUGCGUUUAUAAUGGUAUACCUGCCUGCAAAAGAAGAAACUGCUGCUAAGUGUCUAGGUCUCAGAGGAUAUAGCGCCACAUUCACGCGAUGAACUAAAUGCAUCGCCAUGGAAACUUAAACAUUAACGGUCAAUUAAAAACUGCCGUUAAAAAAUUCAAACACUGCUGAAAGUGAAAUAAUGUUUGGAUAGAUGUUCACGUUUAGAAUAAUAUCUGGUUUAAUUGAAACCCACCACAGGGUGUCUGGUAAGAGACUUAGUCAAUUGAUGUCUUAUUUGGUAGUAACCCAUUUAAUUGUCACCACAACAACUCAAGCUUUGGAUGAGUAUCCAUACACGUGUGUAUAUGUGGUCUUUCUAUAAACACAGAAAAUGCACGUAAACAUAAGUUUGCGGAUAAUAACAAUUAACUUGCAAAUAAUAUGAAUAAUUGAAGAUUAACAAUUAACAUUGCAUUCAUAACAUUAGUGUAACGCUAAUGCUGGCUACUGUAUGUCAUAUGCAUUGCUAUAGUUUAAAUAUUAAACACUGAACAGUGACAUUAUACACUUUUGCAGAGGCUGGCAGGUGGUUUAACAACGGUGCGCUGUCUGGGCAUGUACCACGCAUAUGCGCAUGCGUUUGUUUACUCUGACACAUAAAACGAUGAUUAGUAUCCCAGUUUACAUCUUUGUAACAACAAUUUAAAUAUAAGUGUUUUUGUAAUUUUUAUACAAAUAUUUGUUUUAUCAUUUGUCUGACAACUAUAUAAGUUUGGUUUUGUUAUUAAAGAAGGAUAAUGUAAAAUACAAUGAUACAGAGGACAAUGAAUUUUAACAUCCUUCAGUAUAUUUAUACAAGAACACCCAUAAAAUAUACCCUCCCCAGGCAGCAUGGAUACAAAGAAAAACAUAAUUCCUGGUUACAGAAGCUUAACAAAUACAAUAAAAUUAGGACCUGUGCAUGGCUAAGCUUGGUUUUGUAACCUGUAGCUCUGAAUCCUUGAUGUUCAUUUCCACUAAAGUCUUAUCAAUGUACCUUUGUCUUGAAAUAA